CUAUAACACCUUCCUGGCCCCGCUGUUCCUGCACACCGGUGCUACCUCCUCAUCCCACCGGUGGUACCUCCUCAUCACACUGGAGGAACCACGAACCACGCAGACCUCUGCCUUGCCUUCUUGUGGAAGCCCUCAGUGCGCAGCCGCAGUGCGACCCGCGCGUCUUUUAGUCAAGGUUUGGAGGGAGCCAUGGCCCUGGAUAAUUUCCUUUUUGGCCAAUGCAUCCUGUAUUUCCUUGCGUUUCUGUUCGGCUUCAUCUCGGUUGUGCCGCUGUCGGAAAACAGCGACGACUUCCAGGGGAGAUGUCUUCUUUUCACGGAGGGGAGGUGGCGCAAGGAGAACGCGACCGGAGGAGGAGGAGGAGGAGGAGGAAAGGAGAGAUUUGUGGUGGAGGAGUGGGCUCCCGAGUCCUCCUGCCGCUUCGUCACUUUCGUGGGCAUCGCAUCCCUCAUCGUGUCCGCGGUGCAGGCUUGGCGGACCUUCUACUAUCUCUGCAAGGGACACGACGAUAACCGGGUGCGUGUGCUGCUCAGCCUGCUGGCCAGCUCCGCCCUGCUCUGCCUGCUUUUUGUGGCCGGGACCCUCAGCACGCUGGGCUUCAGCAGCUGGUGCACGGCGCUGCGGGCCCACCGGCCCCUCAGUUGUGAAGAGCUCCAACAGACGGACCUAGAGCUGGGUCUGGAUAACUCCUCUUUCUACGACCAGUUUGCCAUCGCUCAGGUGGGUCUGUGGUGCUCCUGGUUGUCCUGGCUGGUCCUGGUUCUCCUGGAGCUCCUCCGGGUCUCCUGGGGCCCCCGCCGGGGGGAGAAGCUGGGGCUCCUCCUGGUGCAGGAGAAGGAGCCGCUCCUCAGCCUCUGAGGGCCCGAGGAAGAGGGCCCCCACCACACACACACACACAUAUAUACAUACAUACCUAAAUAUACACACAUGCAUACACACACGCACGCACACAUUAUUACCUACAAACACAAACGGUAAUAAACACACAGACCUGCUUCCAAAAACACACACACACACACACACACACACACACACACACACACACACACACACACACACACACACACACACACACACACACACACACUCAAAUACACGUGUUUAUCCCCACCUAUCUACACCUAGAUACAUAAAUAGAUAAUCACUCACACAUUCACAUGCAAGCAUACAUACAUACAUACAUACAUACAUACAUACAUUCAUACACACAUGCGUACAUAAGUAUGUACAUACGUGUAUACAUUAUACACACACAUACGCAUGCAUGCGUGUGCGCACACACACACACACACACACACACUGAAUACAAAAUACACUUUAAGAUGACAUCACAUCCUAUCCUAACUGUACUGUUUAAUAACUGCAAGGGCCUACUAUAAUGGCUCUUUAUAUUCAGGGCUGUUUGACCACAACUCACUGAUCAACUGUGCCAAACUGUGUCUGUUAUAGAAAGAUUCCUGCUAUAGUUACUACUAUUCAUCAUACUAUAGUAUAGUUAUUGUUUCUAUAGUUACUAUUCCAUUUUAGGAAUGAUAUAGUUCUACUCUAAGUGAUUGUAUAACUAUUGUAUAGAAUAGUUUACGACUUAUGUAACUGUUAGGCCUUUAAUAGCUGUACCGUCCAACCCAUGGUAGAGGAUGUUUCAGUCCCACAGCACCACCUGCUGGUUGAGAAUGCAUGUGUUGCUCGGAGGUUAGCCGAGUUCUGUUUAGCAUCAUUUCAAAGAAUGAGGCUAAUUCCUCUAUUAUUUAGUAGGCCUAUCUGUAUUAUUUAACGGUCUGUAUAAAUUUUUUCUGAAUAAAGGUAAUACAACUACA